CGCAGCCCACGCUCCGGUAGGACACCGGCCCGGACUCCGGAGCGGGGCAGCCCCCUCCCCUCCCCUCCUCUACCCUACAUCCGCCCCGUCCUCUGAAGCGGGAGCGCCCUCGGCGGGCUGCUGGGUGACCGCUCCCGCGUCCGCCGCGCCCCGCUGCCCCUUUCCAGCCGCGAUCUCUUCGCCGCGCUUCUUCUCAGGCUCCGUCCCGAUGAGAGAGCCCGGCACUUGUUGCUGACGCGAUGGUCACCGGCCCGGCCGAGCAGGCAAGGGACCGCUGAGACCGCCGUGGGAGAGCUCCGCUGCGGCUGCCGUCGACGACCCGGCCCCUUCGGGGAGAUCCGAGGGGUUGUUUCCUCUCAGCGCCCGGCGGCGACGGGUUCCCAGGCGGCGUGAGGACGGCCCUCGGCCCUCGCGGGGAUCGCGCCCGUAGGACCCCCGCUGCCCGCCCCGGAUGGUGACGGCGGGCUGAGGGGGCACCCCCAGAAGCCGCCCGCCCCUUGCUGCCCGCGCCUGGCCUCCCUCGGCAGGAGCAAAGAUGUCUUUCUUCAACUUUCGGAAGAUCUUCAAGCUGGGUGGUGAGAAAAAGAAGAAACAAUACGAGCACGUCAAGAGGGAUUUGAACCCUGAGGAGUUCUGGGAGAUUAUAGGAGAGCUGGGAGAUGGUGCUUUCGGUAAAGUGUUCAAGGCUCAGAACAAAGAAACGAAAGUUCUGGCUGCUGCGAAGGUGAUUGAUACUAAAUCAGAAGAAGAACUUGAAGAUUACAUGGUUGAGAUUGAUAUAUUAGCAUCCUGCGAUCAUCCUAAUAUUGUUAAGCUCCUAGAUGCUUUCUACUAUGAAAACAAUCUGUGGAUCCUGAUCGAAUUUUGUGCAGGUGGAGCAGUAGAUGCAGUAAUGUUGGAGCUUGAAAGGCCAUUAACAGAGCCGCAGAUCAAAGUGGUGUGCAGGCAGACACUGGAAGCAUUGAACUACUUGCAUGAAAAUAAGAUCAUCCACAGAGAUCUAAAAGCUGGCAAUAUUCUUUUCACAUUAGAUGGAGACAUUAAACUAGCGGAUUUUGGAGUAUCGGCUAAAAACACAAGAACAGUACAAAGAAGAGAUUCUUUUAUUGGUACACCAUAUUGGAUGGCUCCAGAAGUAGUAAUGUGCGAGACCUCUAAAGACAGGCCUUAUGAUUACAAGGCUGAUAUUUGGUCUCUUGGCAUUACUUUAAUAGAAAUGGCUCAAAUAGAGCCACCUCAUCAUGAAUUAAAUCCAAUGCGAGUGCUUCUGAAAAUAGCAAAAUCCGAUCCACCUACAUUAGCACAGCCUUCAAAAUGGUCAUCAGAUUUUAAAGAUUUUCUGAAGAAAUGUUUGGAAAAGAAUGUAGAUGCAAGGUGGAGUGCGACUCAACUUCUGCAGCAUCCAUUUGUUACUGUUACUUCAAAUAAACCAAUAAGAGAACUGAUUGCAGAAGCUAAGGCUGAAGUUACAGAAGAAGUCGAAGAUGGUAAAGAUGAGGAUGAAGAAGAAGAAACAGAAAAUUCUCUGCAGUUACCUGCAGAGAAGCGUGCCUCCUCUGACCUUAGUAUUGCCAGCUCUGAAGAGGAUAAACUUUCACAGAAUGCCUCUGUUCUGGAAUCUCUUUCUGAGAAAACAGAAAGUAAUGCAAUUGAGGACAAAGCCAGCAUGAUAUUUCCAGAUGGCAAAACAACUGGAGAUGAACCUGAGGACAUUAGGAAAAUGGCCGAUAACAUACAUGAUACUACUGUUGGUGAUAGGAAAGUGCAGAAUGGAUCUGUGCCAACUGGUGAGGGUGAGCAAGGCAAAAUAGUGCUAGCUGGAAAGAGUACAGAAAGCCUGGAAAAACAACAUGAAGAUACAGAACCCCAGAAAGGAGGAGAAGAACUUGAUGUAGUAACAAAAUCAGAAAUAAAGGAUGAACCCCACCUAAAAAAAGAGAAGGAAAAUGGCAUGGUAAAUGAACAAACAGAAGAUAAUAAGCUAAAAAUAGUACCUGCAACUGAAAAUAACAUGGAAAAUGAAGAAGACAUUUCUGAUGAAACUGGUGAAAAAGAAGAGAAAGAGAACAGAACAGAUCUCUCUGAAAGUAAGGAAGAAAAGGUCCCUGCAGAAAAUGCUGCAGAGCAAAAGGAAGAUAAAGGUGAAGCUCAUAAAGAGGCUGUAAGAGACACCACUACAGAAACUCUACCUAAUGCUGCAGAUGAAGUGGCUGAUGAAGAAAAGGAACUAAUAAAGCAGGGAAUUGACAACAUUAAGGAGAUAGGUGGUGUUGCUGAAAUACAGAUCAGUGAUGGGGAUAAAAUACCUGAGCCGGAGGAUAAGCCAGUGGAAAGUCAGGCUAAGCAGGUCCAUGAGAUAAUCAGCUCUGAAGAAACUGUAUCAGAAAGCCAAGAUAAAGUGAUCAAAGUAGACAAGAAACUGUCAGAAAGUGAAAAUGAGAAUAUUAGUAAUAUAAGCAGCAUGGAGAUCAAAGACUCAGGGGAAGACGAUGUAGACCACAGCGCAAUACAGAGCAAGCCUGAGGAUACGUCUGCUAAAAUGGAGGAUAAACUGACUGAUAUGAACCAGAAUUCGGAAGAGAGCAGACCUGAGAAUAUCCAGCAAAACAAUAUUCAGAUAGACAAAGAGCAUUCGGAAGUUACUUCUGAUGAAAUAGUGAAGAAUAAGCUUCAAGAUACUGUCAAUGAACAAGCUGAUGAUUCUGAAGUCACUCCAGUCCCCAGUAUUAGUAUUAGCACUGAAGAAAAAGAGAAGGUCAAAACAGAUAAUCAAGACAGUACGGAAACGUUACAACAGCUAGAAUCAGAGAAUAUGAAGGAAAAUGAUGCAGAUUCCGGCACUGGUUCUACGGCUGAUAACAGCAGCAUUGAUUUGAACUUGUCAAUUUCUAGUUUCCUUAGUAAAAACAAAGAGACAGGAUCAAUAUCUUUACAGGAAACUAGAAGACAGAAGAAAACUUUAAAGAAAACUCGGAAGUUUGUUGUUGAUGGAGUAGAAGUGAGUGUAACCACAUCAAAAAUAGUUACUGAAAAUGACUCCAAAAGUGAAGAAAUGCGAUUUUUACGGCGUCAAGAGCUAAGAGAGCUGAGGCUUCUUCAGAAAGAGGAGCAGAGAGCCCAACAGCAGCUCAGUAAUAAGCUUUUGCAACAGCGAGAACAGAUGUACAGGCGUUUUGAACAGGAAAUGACAAAUAAAAAGCGACAAUAUGAUCAGGAAAUAGAGAAUCUGGAAAAGCAGCAGAAACAGACAAUAGAGCGCCUGGAGCAGGAACACACAAACCGCUUACGAGAUGAAGCAAAACGCAUCAAAGCAGAGCAGGAGAAGGAAUUGUCCAAAUUCCAGAAUAUGCUGAAGAACAAAAAAAAAGAGGUUUUAUGUGAAGUGGAGAAAGCACCAAAAGAGCUGAGAAAAGAGCUCAUGAAACGCAAGAAAGAGGAGCUUGCACAAAGCCAGCAUGCUCAGGAGCAGGAAUUUGUGCAGAAGCAGCAACAAGAGCUGGAUGCAUCUCUGAAGAAAAUCAUUCAACAGCAGAAGACAGAACUAGCCACUAUUGAACGGGAUUGCCUCAACAACAAGCAGCAGCUCAUGAGAGCUCGUGAAGCUGCCAUCUGGGAGCUGGAAGAGCGACAUCUACAAGAGAAACACCAGCUCCUCAAACAGCAGCUGAAAGAUCAGUACUUCAUGCAGAGACACCAGCUGCUUAAGAGGCAUGAAAAAGAAACAGAACAAAUGCAGAGAUAUAAUCAGCGCCUGAUCGAGGAGUUAAAGAACAAGCACACUCAGGAAAGAGCCAGACUGCCUAAAAUCCAGAGGAGUGAAGCAAAGACCCGAAUGGCAAUGUUUAAGAAGAGUUUAAGAAUCAAUUCACUGGCCUCUCCAGACCAAGACCGUGAGAAGAUUAAGCAGUUUGCUGUUCAAGAAGAAAAGAGGCAGAAGAAUGAGAGACUGGCUCAGCAUCAGAAACAUGAAAACCAAAUGCGGGACCUUCAGCUGCAGUGUGAAGCCAACAUCAGAGAACUGCAUCAGUUACAGAAUGAAAAAUGCCAUCUACUGGUUGAGCAUGAGACGCAGAAGCUAAAAGAACUGGAUGAAGAACACAGCCAAGAACUGAAGGAAUGGAGAGAGAAAUUGAGACCAAGAAAAAAGACGCUGGAAGAAGAAUUUGCCAGGAAACUGCAGGAACAGGAAGUUUUCUUUAAAAUGACUGGAGAAUCGGAAUGCCUUAACCCUUCAACACAAAGCCGCAUUUCCAAAUUCUACCCAAUCCCCAGCCUUCACUCCACUGGCCCCUAACUCUGGGAACUACUGUAGGUUAUUUCAUACUUGGAAUUCUCCAUCCUCAUCAUCUAACCCGACUGGAUCUGCAGUGUACAUCAAAGGACCCCGUGCUCUUUAUUUUCAGUGGAGACAAUCAGUGUCGGGAUCCUUUUCUUUACUUCUCUGAAUGGAAGAAGAAAGGCGUUGGUGUAUGAUGGUAAUGUUGUGUCCUUCGGAUGUUUCAAGAGUAACUGGGGUUUUUAUCUUGGUCACAAAAAGUAAGUUAUAGACGGUUUUGACUUCAAGCCUGAAACAUUGAUUAUGCUCUUUCUGAUCACAAAAAGAAACGGUUUCUCAUGUGAACAUUUAAACAGUGUAAUAUUAGUUCUGCUACUGUGUUUCUCAUUGUCUGAUUUCUCCACGAGAGAAUUCCACAAUUGAAACUGCCGUGAGAGGUUUAAAACUCUAUAAUGCUGAGCAGUGUCUUCAUAGCAAGGACUGAAACGAAUUACUCAGAACAUGCCAGUAAUGAGAGAAAGAAACCCUUAUGUUUAAACCUGACUGGUAAAAGCAAACGCCUUUGCAACCUCUUUGAAAAGAAACCUCUGGCAUGAAUUAAACUGAGCUGAUCUCCAUGACUUAUUUUGUCCAUUAGUUCCAUAAUGAAAUGGGGUGCUAGUUUAAUUAAUACAGUGCCUGAAACUGAUAUGCUGAACCUGGCAACAGGGUGGCAUUUCAUCAUUUAAAGAAACAAAAACUCCUUAGCAUUGUUGUUACUGUACAGAACAGAAGAUUUCUUGCUGCUACUGCCAUUUUUGUUGUAAAUCCUCACCCUAAAAUAUUUUGCACUAAAAUAUGUAAAGGUGAAAGAAAUGCUAACUUUAAAAAUGCACAGUUUAUUAUUUUCCUUAGCUAUUCCAGGGGGUUAGUUCUACAAAUCGAACACUGUAGAAUGUAUUUUUUAGGAAGCGGUGUGCACCAUGCACGUGGUUUCUCUAACUGAACCUGCAAUGGGUAGAGCCAUUUUUCUGUUCUUACCAAAGCCUCUUCAUUUAAACUCCAUUGGGCAAGUGGAGCUGGGUGGUCAUAUUUAUAAAUCCCCACGGCGAAGUCUGAUUUGGUUAGAAGUGUUAGAUUUGAUGGGGUUUUUUAGUCGUUUUAUUUUAUAGACAGAUUUAAGUUAAAUAUAUAGACAAACUACAUUAUGAAGGUGGGUUUUUGCUUUCGUGUCGCCACGUACUAACAUAGGCAGGUUUUAUUUUUCAUAGAUGUACAAUAAGUUAUUUACCUGACUGAUCUGCAGUGGAAAAAAUCUGCGAUGUAGGGGAAAUACAGCUCUCUUGGGUCACUUUUACUGCACUCUUUUUGGUGGUUAGAGUUUGAGUCAUAUCAAGGCAGUGUUACCAGCUGUACUUUGGUAUGCUGGCGUUCAGUUUGUGAAGUAGUACUUGCUUUCUGUUCUUUGAGGCCUGACUUCUAGGCUGUUUGGGUAUCAACCGUAUGCGUUCUGUUUUGCUGGCUUGUGUUGAACGUGCAACUGGUGACCUUUACAUGGCAUUCAUUUCAUGGGAACAGUAUUGAUGCAUGUGAAUGAAGUCAUAAGUUAACACAGGACUUUAGUCAGAUGUGGCUGAAACCUUGGAUGCUGAAAUCCUUGGACGUUGAAGUGUCUUCGUUGACCACCUCGAUGAAGAUAUUUAAUUGACAGCACGGGAAAAUACAACUAAUUUGGAAAAUGCAUGUUUUAAUUUAAAUUUUGUAACUUUUUGAUAGCAUAAUUACUUUAUAGCUAGCCUUAACUCCUGGCAUUUUAUUAUGUAACUGUGUAUUGUGUACUGUUGUAAAUCCACAUACCAUAUCUCUAGAAUGUUACCUAUUGCUAAAUGCAAAGCUCUUUACGUUGUUCAUUCAGGAGGGUGAAAAGAGUCCUUGAAGGCCUUUUUAAGCUCCACCACCAUAAAUUGACUGUUACUAAAAUGACAUUUAAUAAUCCUCAUCUUUAA